AUGGGUGAGGGUGUUGGAAAUGGUGUGAUACCAUCAACGUCAGAAAAGGUUCCAACAAUUCCACCGGCGGUUAAAAGGAAAGUGGUAGGACCUGGUUUAUUGACAACAACUUUGAUUUAUGCUGCGGUGCAGGUAAUUUUGAAAACGUAACAAUUUCUAAACUAUAAAAAAUUCAAUUCCAGGUCGCCAUUUUGUCAUGUCUUUCAUCAUAUUAUAAUUUUGGAAUUCGUAACGCUACAGUAUUAACAAUAGAUUUUUUAUAUGAAUUUGAUUAUACGAAAGGAUAUAUGGAAUGGAUAAGUGAAUCGUGGGAAGAGACUAAAGAAUCGAUGAAAAUACCAUCAAGAAAAGCUGAAGAUUUGAAGGUUUGUUGGAUUUUUUGGGAAUACGUGGAAGGUUCACGUUAUGGUUAUUUUUGAUAAAAUGUAUUUUUUCAGGCUGUAAAUGCUGAAGUUCAUAUCGCCGAUGGAAAGCAAAUCCUAACACCAGAACAACUGAAAUUCUUCGAUGGGAGUCGAGAUUCAAAGCCAGUUUAUUUGGCAAUUUUGGGACGAGUUUAUGAUGUGAACAAAGGCAAAAAGCAUUAUGGACCUGGAGGAGGAUAUAGCUUCUUUUCUGGUAAAACGAUUUUUUCUAGAAGUUUAUAUAACUCAAAAACCUUUUCAGGUCGUGAUGCUACACGCGCUUUUGUCACUGGUGAUUUCACCGAAAAAGGUCUGAUCGAUGAUACCGAAGGAUUGUCACAUGAAGAUUUGCUUGGAAUUCGGGAUUGGGUUUCAUUCUACGAGAAAGAUUAUACAUUGGUUGGAGUUGUUAUAGGAAGAUAUUAUGAUCAGGAUGGAAAACCGACAAAGGAAUUGGAAAAUACAUUGGCAAGAAUUGAAACAGCGAAUGAAUUUAGGAAAUUGCAAGCCGUUGAGACUGAGGUACUUUUCUUUCUCUUUCUUAUUCAGAAAUCUUGAUUUUAAACCAUAUGUAAAUCUUGCAGGUCUUCCCACCGUGUAAUAGCGAAUGGCAUCAAAAAACAGGAGGACGUGUUUGGUGUUCGACUCGAAGUGGAGGAGUCAAUCGAGAAUGGGCUGGAGUUCCAAGAGUUCUUUUGGAUCAGACGACAAAAAGUCGACGAUGCGCUUGUGUCAAGAAUUUCGGAACUGGUUUGUCAGGAGUGGAAGCGGUGAAGAAAUCGAAUAAUCGAGGCGAUUUAGAUCAUCCACAUUUGAAGGUCAGUUUUUUCUGGGAGGUUUUGGAAUGGGAUCUGAUGUGAGGAAGGUCUGAAGAUGUUUUGAGUCAGAACAAGGUUACCAAAGCCACUAAAAAAUCUACUUUUUCAAAAAUCGAGCAUGAUCUGAUUUCUUUUUCCGAAUUGGUUUUUUUCCAGCAAUAUCCAAAUUGCUCUCCUACGGCCAACAGUUGUAAAAUUGAAGAAAAUGACUAG